AUGCACACCGCAAAAGACGCCGGACUCGCCCCGCCCCCUCGCGAUGUCGGAACCGCUCCGAGUCGAAGGAGGAGCGCACCCGCCGUCGGAGCGCCCCACGGCCUGACGCCGUGGCCCUAUCCUCCAGAUGCGCCGUCGGAAGAACGCUAUCGAGGACCCCUCGUCUCCUCGCAAGACCGCCCACAGCGCACCACCGCCCUUGCAUUCUCACCCGACUCCAAGUGGGUUGCCCAUGGCUCCUUGGACGGGAAUAUUUUUCUCCGACGGACAACGGAUCCCUCAAUCGCUGUCGCGCAACGAGCGGUCGGGUUCUCCGUUUGUGCACUUGCUUUCUCCCCAGACGGCCGCCAACUCGCGUCCGGGCACAACGGCUAUGUCUACGUGUGGUCUAUCGGAUAUGGCAUUGGCGGCUGGGAAACCCACCGGAGGCCCGAGUCCAUCUGCGCACUUGCAUUUUCACCCUCGGGCGAGUACUUGGCGUCUGCACAUGCCGACAUUGGCGUGAAGGUGUGGCGCCUCGAUCAGGAGUGGCUUAACGGCGCGCCAAGCUGGAAGCCCUGUCAUACCCCUGAUGGAGGCGCGCUCAAGCUGGCAUGGUCCCCGGAUAGCACCCAGCUUGUAGUGGGUUCCAGCGACGGCCGGCGGAUAUACGUAUGGAACAUCCAACACGAGGACCUAAGCUUUUAUAUCCGCGAACCUACUAGACAGCAGAGUACUCCUCCCGUUGCCCUCGCCUUCGUCCUCUUCUCGCCCGAUGGUCGUCUGAUCGCAUCCGGCGGUGGACAAGGCUGCUGUCACAUUUGGAACGUAGGAAAGCGCGCGCUGCAGGCAACACUAGACGAACACGAUUCGUCGCGGACAGUCCUGGCCGCGCACUUCGAUGCCUGGAGCAGAUUUAUCGUGACCGGCUCAGACGACGGCACCGCGCGCGGUUGGAACGCCUUGAACGGGAAGAUGUGUAUGUCUGUGUCGAGAGGAGGGCCGAAACCUCUGGUAGUGCAGGAUGUGUCGUUUUCUCCCGACCGCAAACUUGUUCUCGUCGCCGGGGCAGACGGCUGGCUGUGCCUCUGUGCCAGCUCCCCCUGGUACGCACUUGCCGCCCCGGACGGCGUCGUGAUCGAACGCGCACGCUUCUCACAGGAUGGUAGAUAUCUCGCAACCGGGUCCGCGUCCGGCGCCGUGUGCGUGUGGCAGACACACCCAGCCAUCCCCACGCCCCUGGGACGCAUCCAAGAGCUCUGGGACGCCGUACCGCGGAGGGACCCCCGUAGCGACGCUUGGUACGAUAAUUGGACGGGGAAGUGGCAACCGCAACCGAGCAACGAACAUCAUACGUCUGCAUAG